UCGACGCGGGUUAUUAAGGCAAACAUUGAAACUCAAAGAAACCGACCUUUCAGUGCUAACUUUGUCUCUCCCUACUAUAAAGUUUUCCAUCUUCUGUGGACAUGAUCUCUUGGAUUCUCUGCAAGUAAGUACGAGCACUUUCAGAGAAAGGGCAAUUCGAGUCUAGGCAGCCUAGUAAGACAAUUGUGGCUUGAUUUUGUUGCCAAAGCUCACAAAUAUAUCCAAGGAGAUUUGAGAUAUUGUUUGAACUUAUAUUCAGUUCAGGUCUAUCUUGAGAAAUUAUCUUUGUUGUUGCGUGUGGAUGAUGUUUGCGGAAAUGAGCUUGUGUGGGGGUGAUGUUGAGUUUUCCUCUACACCUACGUUGGCUGCAGAUAUUGCUGCUUCACAGGUUAAUCCGGGUGAUAUAAUGGUGGAUGAGUAUAGUGAUGAGGAGAUGGAUGUGGAGGAGCUUGAGAGGAAGAUGUGGAGAGAUAAAAUGCGCCUGAAACGGCUCAAGGAACAAAACAGAGUCAACAAAGGGUUUGAUGCUGGAAAGAACCACCAAUCCCAAGAACAAGCUCGAAGGAAGAAAAUGUCUAGAGUUCAAGAUGGGAUCUUGAAAUACAUGUUAAAGAUGAUGGAAGUUUGCAACGCUCAAGGUUUUGUUUAUGGUAUAAUCCCUGAAAAGGGGAAGCCUGUUGGUGGGGCAUCAGAUAAUCUUCGCGAGUGGUGGAAAGACAAGGUCAGGUUUGAUCGGAAUGGCCCUGCGGCAAUAGCAAAGUACCAAGCUGACCAUUUUAUUUCGGGUGCUAAUGAAGAGUUUAAUUCCGUUGGGCCCACCCCGGUAACGUUACAAGACCUGCAGGACACCACACUUGGCUCUCUUCUAUCUGCUCUGAUGCAGCAUUGCAACCCUCCUCAGCGACGAUUUCCACUAGAAAAGGGCGUUCCUCCUCCAUGGUGGCCAACAGGAAAAGAGGAAUGGUGGCAUCAGCUAGGUUUGCCAAAAGAUUAUGGUCCACCACCUUACAAGAAGCCUCAUGAUUUGAAGAAGGCAUGGAAAGUGAGUGUCCUUACUGCGGUAAUAAAGCAUAUGUCCCCUGAUAUAGCUAAGAUCAACAAGCUUGUAAGGCAGUCCAAAUGCUUACAAGACAAGAUGACUGCCAAGGAGAGUGCUACAUGGCUUGCCAUCAUCAACCAUGAAGAUGUACUAGCCCGAGAGCUUUAUCCUGAUUGCUGCCCGCAUCUUACCUCUGCUGGUGGAAGUGGUUCUUUCAUGAUAAAUGACAGUGGCGAGUAUGAUGUUGAAGGAGCUAGGGCCAAACCCAAUCUUAAUGUGUUAGAGAAAAAGCUUGCUGACAAUGAGUCUUCAGAUCUAGGCAGAGAGAAAAGGUUUAAAGGCCAUCCUUUGAUUUCACAGCUGUCAAAUCUGAAUAGCGAGGAAAAGGUUUGUGUUAUGGACAGCUCUCGAAAGAGGAAGUCCUUUGAGCAAUUCAAAGAUAGAAUGAAUCAGCAAAUCUACGUGUGUGGGUUGGUAGAGUGUCCCCGUAAUCAACUUGAGCUUGGUUUUUAUGAUAGGAUAUCCCGGGACAAUCAUCAACUCACCUGUCCUUACCAAAGCAGCAACUUACCAUAUGGAAUCCCCAACUAUCAGGUCAAUGAAGUGAAACCGUCUGCCUUCCAAAGGCAAGCUCUUCAAGAUGAGCCUGCCGCUUUGCCCAGUAACUCAGCUCGACCAGUCUUUGAUUUGUCUGGGCUUGAAGUUCCAGAAGAUGGGCAAAAGAUGAUCAGUGAGCUUAUGUCGUAUUAUGAUUCUAAUAUCCUUGCAACCAAGACUCCGUAUCAUGAGAUUAUUUCACCAGCGGAUCAAAAUGUUAUGCAGCGUAGUAUGGAUUACAAUCAGAAUGAUCUCAUUCUAACACCAAGCUCUAUCACAGAGCUAAAUUUACCCGAUCAAUAUGACAUUCAGGUACAUCAUCAGAUGCUCAAUUGGCAGGAAGAAAACAAGUUCAGCGGCUGUGAACAAUUGGAGCAUGACUUAAGUGUGGAUGGUCUGGACUCCAUACUCAAAGUGCAAUUGGAUCUCCCUUACACUGAUUUUAUGGAGGAUCUGCCGAGUGGAACAUCUACUGCAUGCUUGAAGCAGGAUCCGUCAACAUGGUAUAAUAAUAACAUAAUAUAAGAGAAACUGUUAUACAGUAGUGUCCGAAAAAUGUUCGGUUUGUUGUAUUAUGCUCGACAUUUUCCCCAUCCAGAAAGUGGGUAUAGAGGAAAAUGUGACAAGAGUUCUGUAGAGAAUUUGGUAAUGUGUAAGAGCUUAUUGCUUCCUCUUUGCAGUUGGAGGACAAGCAAUGUAGUAAUAAAUGUAAUCGCGUUUUAUCUUGCCGCAUAAAUUGGUCAUAUAUUAUUAUUAUUAUUUUGUUUUAA